GUCAUUUGGUUAUUUCAGUAAAGCUCUGAGACUUUAGAUUAAACAUUUUAUCUACUUUUGCUUCCAGACAAAUAAAAAUGGAUAUUGUGUUAGGAGGGCUCAGUGAGUUGAAGGUUGCCGACAAAGAAGUGCAGAAAAUCUGUGAUGAGAUAAAGCCAGAGGCGGAGAAACAAGCUGGAAGGACAUUUGAUGUCUUUACUGCUAAAUCUUACCAGACACAGUUGGUAGCUGGGACGAAUUUCUUCAUCAAGGUCCAUGUGGGUGGUGAGGAGUUUGCUCACCUGCGUGUAUAUAGGAUGUUGCCAUGUUAUGGAGGAAAACUCGAACUUCAUGGAAUACAGAUACCCAAAGCACAAAAUGACCCCAUUGAAUACUUUGAAAUUGAGAUUACUGAUGAAAUGACACAGUAAUAACACUUACAAACAGGGGGGUUAUUGAAAUUGUGUUACAUAUGGAAUAUCACCUGCUUAAAGCUGACAAAGUUGUAUUUUCUGCACUGACAAGAAAUUAGAAGCUUCUUCAGUUAAAUAAAAAAGCCAAUAUUAAA